GUGGUUCAGGAAGUCCAGAAGAAAGGACUUUUAAGACGACCAAUAGAUUUAAUGUUAGCUGCAUACCUCAUUCUAGCAACGGGGUUUUGCAUAUUUAGGGGCAUGAUUGCUCUGGAUUGCCCUGCUGACCUCUGCCGGCUAUACAUUCAACUUCACGAGCCCUAUAUAAAAGAUCCUGCCGCCUAUCCUAAGCUUCAGAUGCUGGCAUACAUGUUCUACUCUGUGCCAUACCAUGUGAUUGCUCUGUAUGGCCUGCUGGUGCCUGGUUGUUCCUGGAUGCCUGAUUUAACCCUUAUACAUGCUGGAGGACUAGCUCAGGCUCAAUUUUCCCAUAUUGGUGCUUCUCUUCAUGCUCGAACUCCUUACAUCUACAGAGUCCCUGAAGAAGCAAAACAGUUUUUCCUGAUACUGAACAUAAUGUAUGGGAUUCUUCCCCAGCUGUUGGCUUACAGAUGUGUCAACAAGCCAGAGUUUUUUAUGAAACCAAAACAAGAAGAAAAAACAGACUAGCACAACUGUUUUCAGCUCCUCGUUCUGGCUGCGUAUAUACCGGGGUUGGGAUGCAACCGAACUGCUCCACUGGAAGCGGAAUGAAGUGUGUGAGAUGUGUAAAUCUGCACAGUUGUGUAAAGUUGCACGGUCUGUUUUGUUUAUCCUACUCGAAAAGGGAAAUAAAGACAACUGCCUUCAGCACCACUUCUCAACAUCUUGACUUUGCGCUGCAGCAGAGCUGCUGGUUCCCAUGGCUAUUUUUGAGUAAGCUGCUUUGACAGUUUUAGAAAUACUGCACGAAGUUAAAUAAUAAUAAUGAUGUCAGUGUUUAGCCUCCACACCCUGAAGAGUAUCAGUGGCAGCAAUCCCUACGCAGAGCUACUGUAGAAUGGGAAGGUCGUUUUGAGGUGUGAAAAAUUAACAUACAUA